AGGUGUUGAUGCUGGGUUUGUCACAGCCAUCGCCCCUGCAGAAGAGGCAGUGCUUGUCACCACUCCUGACAUCACGGCACUCCGUGAUGCAGACCGCGUCGCGGGGCUGCUGGAGUGUGACGGCAUCAAGGACAUCAAGAUCAUCGUGAACAGAGUGCGGCCGGACCUGGUGAGGGGGGAGGACAUGAUGUCAGCGCUCGACGUGCAAGAAAUGCUCGGGUUACCUCUGCUAGGUGUGGUGCCAGAAGAUUCAGAGGUAAUCCGCAGCACAAACAGGGGCGUGCCGUUGGUGCUGACGGACCCGCCCACGCCUGCAGGCCUCGCCCUGGAGCAGGCGACGUGGCGUCUGGUGGAGCGGGACGCGAUGACGGCCGUCAUGGUCGAGGAGCAGGAGCGGCCCAAGAAGAAGGGCGGCUUCUUCUCGUUCUUCGGCGGGUGAAGCCUGAGCUGAACCGAGCAGCCGGUGACGUGCGUGGUGUGUAUAGAGCUGCGAUUUGGAGCUGCUUAGUCGUUUUUCGGUUUGUUUUGCUCUUGUUUUUGCUAGCGUAGCACGAUUCAUUCGGUGUGCUUGAUUCCACAGAGACAGACGGUCUUUUCUUUGUUCUUCCAAAUUUACGCCGAACAUUAGCAGAGUAAAUGUAUGUAGUUUUGUGGUUGAUUGCUUCUU